GACGUUUCUGCGUCAACUGAUAUGCGUUAAAUUCAAUGUAUAUACUACUUUUUCUUUCCUUUAUCCCGUUUCGACUCAGCACACUUCAACAGCUCUCGCAAACUCAGAAGAGUUGUAACUUCCAAAACUACUGGAUGUUCCAGUAGUGAAGUUUCAAAUAAGUUGCAAGUGCAAAAUUAAAAUUUCACAAUGUCCCUUUAAAAAAAAAAAAAGAAAACAAAAGAAACAAUCGUUUUUAUUAAAAUUAAAAAAAAAGUGAAUCUAAAAUCUAAAACAAAAUGAAUUUAUUCACAAGUAUUUUGUUACUUGGACUUUUGGCAAAUUCCGCGUUUUCGGGCACACUACGAACAUCAUUAAACGAAGAUUUUAUUCUACCUCAUUACACACAUUAUCAUGAACUUGAAAAUCUUUUUCAAAAUCUCAGUAUUCAAUAUCCCAAUCUUGUGAGAAUUCACAGCAUUGGAAAAUCAGUUGAGGGCAGAGAACUUUUAACUAUUGAAAUAUCGAAAAAUGUCGCGCAACGUGAUAUUGGCGAGCCAAUGGUUAAAUAUGUUGCCAAUAUGCAUGGUGAUGAAUCAGUUGGAAGGGAACUUCUCAUUUAUCUUGCACAAUAUCUUCUACAUAAUUAUGGAUUAGAUUCACGAGUUACAAGACUUGUCGAUACAACCGACAUUUUCUUGAUGCCCUCCAUGAAUCCAGAUGGCUUCGAAAAAUCCGAGGAAGGUGAAUGUAAUUCAAAAAAUGAUUACACUGGUAGAGAAAAUGCAAAUCAUGUGGAUUUAAAUCGUGAUUUUCCGGAUCAAUUUGAUAGAUCGUUAAAUAAUAAAAUUGGAAAUGGUCACAGUUUAGCUGAGGAUAGACAAAAUGAAACUGUUGCAAUGAUGACGUGGAUUUCAAAUGAACCAUUUGUAUUGUCCGGAAAUUUCCACGGUGGAACUGUUGUCGCCAGUUAUCCAUAUGAUUCAGGAAUUUCCAAAAGUUGCUGCGAAGAAAGUAUAUCACCGGACGAUAAACUUUUUAAAUAUCUUGCCCAUACUUACGCUGAUAAUCAUCCAAUAAUGAAAUUGGGAAAUUCCUGUCCACCUGAAAUAUUUACCGAUGGAAUUACUAAUGGAGCUUAUUGGUAUGAAGUGAAGGGAGGAAUGCAAGACUUCAAUUAUGCUCAAUCAAAUGCAUUUGAGAUAACAUUUGAAGUGAGCUGCUGUAAAUAUCCUCCAGCUGAUAAAAUGCCUGAUCACUGGGAUUUAAAUAAGGAAUCACUUUUGAAAUAUCUUGAGCAAGCGCACAUUGGAAUAAAAGGAAUUGUCACUGAUGAGAAUCGACAACCAAUUGAAAAUGCAAAAAUUAUUGUUGUUGGAGUCAAUCAUAAUAUUGUAACAACUGAUCGUGGGGAGUAUUGGCGUCUUCUUCUUCCUGGAAAGUACACAGUUUACGCCACUGCUUGGAGAUAUAAACCAAGUAAACGCGAAAUUGUGAUUGUUGGCAGCAAAGAAGUUGUCAACUUAGAUUUUGUUCUCGAGUCGGACUCCUUCAAAGAACAAGUUCGUCCAAGCUCUCGAAAACUUUUGAAUACAGUAUUGCCUCGUGAUAAAUAUGGAUUUUAUCAUCAAUAUGAAUUUGUUCAUCAUAAUUAUACGACAAUGGAGAAAUUUCUGAAGGAAUUCAGUGAGAAUUAUCCAAGUAUUACGAGACUUUAUAGUGUUGGUCGUUCAGUGCAAAAUCGAGAGCUUUAUGUAUUGGAGGUGACACAAAAUCCUGGUAUUCACAAUAUUAGUAAACCAGAAGUAAAAUAUAUUGGCAAUAUGCAUGGGAAUGAAGUUGUGGGAAGAGAGAUACUUUUGUUAUUGAUAAAAUAUCUUUGUGAAAAUUAUGGAUCAGACGAGAGAGCAACAAAUAUUGUCAAUAAUAUUAGACUUCACAUAAUGCCAAGUAUGAAUCCAGAUGGAUAUGAAAUUUCAACACUUGGUGAUAUUGAUGGUAUAAAAGGAAGAGCAAAUGCACAUCAUGUUGAUCUAAAUAGAAAUUUUCCCGAUCAGUAUGGCACGACAAAGGAUAAUAUAAAACAAGAGCCAGAAACAAAAGCAGUCAUAAAAUGGAUAUCGGAAAUUCCCUUUGUUUUGUCAGCCAAUAUUCAUGGUGGUGCUUUAGUUGCAAAUUAUCCAUAUGACGAUGGACCUACAACAAAUUGGUCACAAGAAAAUCUAAGCCCAGACAAUGAUGUUUUCAAAAUGAUAUCAUUGAUUUAUUCUAAAACUCAUCCUCGUAUGCAUCUUGGUGAAGGAUGUCCCGAUCCUGAAGGACUCGGAAGAAAAGGAGUUCUGCAGGAUGCAUUUCCAAAUGGAAUUACUAAUGGCGCUAAAUGGUAUUCUGUACCGGGUGGAAUGCAAGAUUAUAAUUAUCUAAAAAGUAAUGGUUUCGAGAUAACAUUAGAGGUUGGUUGUACGAAAUAUCCCCUUGCCGAUAAAUUGCCACAAUAUUGGUUGGAAAAUCGAGACGCACUUUUGUCCUUUAUCGAAGUGGCACGAAAAGGCGUUCACGGAAUAGUUCAUUCUUCAAUUGGAGGGAAAAUACCGCAUGCACGAAUUUCUGUACAAGGAAUCGAUCAUGUUAUUUAUACUGCCGAGGAUGGUGAUUAUUGGAGAAUUUUAGUUCCAGGAACUUAUAAUAUUACAGCUGUUGCACCUGGUUAUGAGGCUGUGACACAAAAUAUCACUGUUCCUAUGAACUCUUUUGGUCUUCCCGAGGAAGUAAUGCUUGAUUUUACUUUAAUGCGUGACGAUUCCUUACAUUGGUCUUCUGCUUAUGAUUUUCGUCUUCUGGCUAAUUUACAAGCUGGUUAUCUCAAAAACAAUGAACUCAGUGCCAGAAUGAAAGAACUGGAGAAUCAUCAUGGUAAUUUGGUACAAUUUAUUGCCAACGAUUCAGCAAUAUCUAAACACAUUCAUUCAUUGAAAAUUACCGAAAACAUUGGUUCUCCUGAAGAGAAUAAAUUACACAUUGGUUUAAUUGGUGGAUUAUUUGCUUCACAACCAGCUGGAAGGGAAAUUUGGUUGCGUAUGGCAACACACAUUAUAAUGGGUUUUGCUGAACCGCCAAUAAAGAAAAUGUUGUCAAAUGCUGUUUUACAUUUUCUCCCUGGAAUUGAUCCGGGUUUUGAAAAAGUAUCCGAAUCUUGUAAUAGCGAUAUUGAUGAUGAAGUUGGAAAAAAUUUUAUAAAUAAAACAGGAAAAAUGGAUUCAACAACAGAAGCAUUUUUGAAAUUAUUGAAGACUGAAAAAUUAGAUGUAAUUGUUAUUUUAGGUGGUGGCUCUUCUGAAAUUGGAUACACAUUUGAUGAUCUAAAAGUGUAUAAAACUAUUUCUAAUAAUUUUGCGAAUUCUAUAGCUCCCAAGAUAUGUGAGGAACGAAGCGAAAGUCUUGAUAUUGCUAGGCACUAUAUUAAUGAGAUAUUUAACAUUCCUGUGAUAUCAAUUUCCCUAUCGUGCUGUAAAUAUCCAGCAAAGGAAUCACUGCCACUUAUUUGGCGUGAAUAUCUUUUACCACUGAAAGAAGUUUUAUUGUCAUUAACAACGGGAAUUCGUGCCUCAGUAACAAACGAAGCUGGUGAAUCACUUCGUAAUGCCAAAGUUAAAAUAGGAUCAUCUAUCUAUAAUGUCUCUAAAAAUAUGGCAUAUUUCCUUUUAACUCUCACACCAGGAGAUUAUGAAUUAACAUUUUCAUGUGAAGACUAUAAAACUGUGAUAGUUCCCGUCCAUAUAAAUCAACAUGAAAUAAGUGAUAUUAAAAUUAUUCUUAAGAAAUUAAAAUUGUCUGAUAAAAAUACAAAUGAAAUUAUAACUCUUAGUGAAAGUAGUAAAAUUUUAAAGGAACUUAAUUCAAAUUAUAUGCAAAUGACAGAAUUGAAAAUAAUUGGAAAAAGUUCGCGAGGAAAUUUAAUUACGAGUUUAAGAAUUUCAUCACAAAAGGAGAAUAAAUUUGAGAAACCAUCAUUAGUUUUUUUCUCUGGUAUUGGAUGGGGUGAACCUCUUACGUCUAAAGUUCUCCUCUCACUUGCUGAUUAUAUUCUCAAAAGUCAAGAGAAUAAUAAACGAAUUAAGAGUAUUCUUGAUAAAGUUGAUCUUCAUUUUGUUCCCGAAGUUUAUUCAGCAAAUGAUAAAAAAACAUGUUCUAUAAAUAUGGAAAAUGAAUUACUAUUUUUAGAGCCAUUUAGUAAUGACGAGAAAAUAAUUGCAAAUUGGUUAAAUGAAAUUAAUCCACUUUUGACAAUGAAUCUAAAAACUGGAGCUCGCACUAUUCAAACAUCGUCAAAAGCUCAAGAAUUCGAGAAAUUCCUCAAGGAUUUAAAAUCUGAGUACAUUAAAUAUAAUCCUUUAAUGAAUUCAACUAAAUCAAAAUGUCCAGAGGACGAAAACUCAGUUAUUGAGGACCCAUUGAUGAGGUACGCGUUUCAAAAUUCAAAUUCAUUAUUUUUGAAUAUUUACAUUAGUUGUUGUAACACUGACAAUGCAAAAACUGUUUGGGAGGAAAAUAGAGAAAGUCUUUUAAUUUUAAUGGGUGCCGUUAAUAAAGGUGUAUUUGGUUUGGUUGUCGAUGAAAAAGGUGAAGCAAUUCCAAAUGCAAUUUUCACACAUGACUCUUCACCGCAUCGUAUUAAAAGUUUCCAGAAUGGGGCAUUUUGGAUAUUGUUAAAUGCUGGAUCUCAUGUUAUUACAGCUAGCGCUCCAGGUCACAUUACGGAAACAAGAUUAAUUGAUCUCCCAGAACUACUCAAGUUCUCGUACUUAAAGUUUCAGCUUCGUCGGGACAAAAAUGUUCUUGGAAUGCCAAGACUUGCUUUUGUCUUCAUAUCUGGAACUGCAGGAUUUAUUGUUGUUGUACUUGUUACAUUAGUAUUUAUGAAAUAUCAAUCGUACUUGAAAGAAAAAAGAACCAACAGAAGAGCUUAUUUAUUCCGUCCACUUGCGUCUGGAACAAGUUUCUUUGAUGAUGAUGAGAAAGAAGUUGAAAUAUUUAAGAGGCCUAUGAAUAAUAGUAAUUCAGAAACUUGAAUUCAGUAAUUGCUGCUCCUUUAUAUUAAUUUUAAUGUUUCUAUAUAUAUAUAUAUAUAUAUAUUUAUACCAUAAUUUUUAUGAAAAAUAUAUAUUUUUUAAUAAAAUAUAUAUAAUGCAAUAUUUAAUUUUAAAUUAUAAUGGUUAAUUUUAAUUGUAAUAUGUAUUUUAUAAUUGUAAUUUACAAGCCGUAUUUUUUAAAUAAUUAUUAUUUUAAUAGUGCUGUUAAUUUUUUUUUAAAUACAAAUCUAUUGAUCUAUUUUAAGGACCAAUUGUAAAUAUAUACAAAAUUAUAUUCUGUAA